AUGGCCUCGAUCGCGGCAUCUUUGGCGUCGGCCCUCCCGAAACCCAAGUACACUGGCGAAGAUGAAGAGAUACCUUCACGCGCCCAACAACGCGGCCCGCGUAUCGUCGGGGCUGGCCAGCUGGACGAGACGCAAAUCGUGCUGAAGCGAUCCGGCCCUCCUCCCUACCAGCAGCGAGCAGGAUGGCGACCACGAGGACCCGAAGACUUUGGCGACGGCGGCGCGUUCCCCGAGAUCCCGGUUGCUCAAUACCCGCUCGACAUGGGAAAGAAGGGGGCGACAGCCAGCAACGCGCUCGCCAUCCAGGUCGACAGCGAGGGCAAGCUCGACUACGGGGCCAUUGCGCGUCAAGGCCACAGCGAAAGCCGAAUCGUUCACACCUCGUUCAAGGACCUUAUCCCUCUUCGCCAACGCGCAGAUGCGGGCGAGAUCGACCUGAGCCGGCCGAGUCAAGAAGAGGUGGCCGCGACGGCGGAAAAAACAAAGAACGCGCUGGCGGCCUUGGUCAGCGGCGCCGUAGCAUCGCAGAAGCCGAAGACCCUUAGCGUCGGGAAGCGAAACGACCCUACGUUCGUGCGAUACACGCCGGCAGACCAGAUGGGAGACCACUCUAAGAAGCAAGACCGUAUCAUGAAGAUCGUCGAGAGACAGAGAGAUCCGUUGGAGCCGCCCAAGUUCAAGCACAAGAAGAUUCCCCGCGGGCCCCCAAGCCCGCCUCCUCCGGUCCUGCGGUCGCCGCCACGGAAGUUGACGGCCAAGGACCAGGAGGAUUGGCGCAUCCCCCCACCGGUGUCCAACUGGAAGAACCCCAAGGGUUUCACGGUCCCCCUGGACAAGAGAUUGGCAGCCGAUGGCCGUGGCCUGCAGGACGUGGCGAUCAACGACAAGUUCGCCCAGUUCUCCGAAGCGCUGUACGUCGCGGACAGGCACGCCCGCGAAGAGGUCAGGCAGCGCGCAGCCAUGCAACAGCGCCUGGCGGAGAAGGAAAAGGCACAAAAGGAAGAGAACCUCCGGAUGCUGGCCCAGAAGGCUCGCGAAGAGCGUGCCGGCGCCGGCAGGCGGGACUCGAGGUCGCGUUCGCGUUCGCGGUCACGCAGCUACAGCGGCUCCGACUCGGAGGGCUCGGAGGACUCGGAGAUCCGGGAAAGAGAGAGAGCGAGGAAGGAGAGGAUGCGUGAAGAGGAGAGGAAGCUCCGGCAAUCACGCAUGGGAGCCGAGAGGAGGGUCCAGGUCAUGGCCAGGGAGCAAAACCGAGACAUUUCAGAGAAGAUUGCCCUCGGCCUCGCCAAACCCACACAGUCCAAGGAAACCAUGUACGACUCGAGGCUGUUUAACCAGUCUAGCGGCUUCGACAGCGGUUUCAACGAGGACAACCACUACGACAAGCCGCUUUUUGCGGCACAAGAAGUCAUCAGCAGCAUCUACCGGCCGCGGGCCAACAUGGACGACGAAGAAGACGAAGCCGCGGGCGACAGGGAGAUGGCCAAGAUUCAGAAAUCUAGCCGCUUCGGCGAGGCUCUGGGCAGAGGCACUUUCAAGGGCACAGAAGACGUUGAGGCAAGGGAGGGUCCCGUGCAGUUCGAGAAGGACGCGGGAGAUCCUUUCAACGUUGACAAGUUCCUGUCCGAGGUGGAGCAAAACUCUUCGUCGAAGAGGGGAUACGGACUCCAGGACGACGACUCCCGGCAGCCUAAGCGAGCCCGGGUAGAAGAGGACGACGAUGAGUAG